CUACUUGAGUUGCAUUCCUUAAAAGACUCUUGAUUAAUAAAAAGAAACUUCACAUGGUACUUGCUUGUGGAUUAGUGUGUAUGAUUUAGAUAUUAAUUUCUAAUUGGUCGCCCUUCAUUUGAGAAAUGACUUGAAUAGCUUUCCAUCUUUUCUUCAACGGUCGUCCCAAAUUAAAUUUAUGGUUCUUUCAGAUAGAUGACUGGCAUUUUAGGAUGACUAAUCGUUAGGUGGGCAAUGAACGAGGCAAUGGUACUCUUUUAAACAAGGAUCGAUCGAGCAUUCUUAAGGUUCCUUGUACAUCUUGCUUGUACAUAACUUGAGGAAGGAUUGAGUUACACAGUAUGCUAAUCAAGUGUAACUCCGUGGUUUUUAUAUACAAGAAGGAAUUACAAGGAGUAAGGCAUUGUACUUCUAGAAUAGAGUUAGAACUUCGAGGUUGGUCUAGCAAACACAUAUGAUGUCUAUGAUUUAGAUUUGUUUCUUUUGAAAUAUUGUGAAAGCAAUUUCUUCUUCAACUAAGUAGAAAGUUUGAACGAAAGAAAUAUUAAAGAGCUGCCUGGCAAGCCAUUUCUUGAAAUUCAGAAGGUUCAUAAACUUCUUACUUGACUCCUGAAGUUACAAUCCAUAAUGGUUUUGACUGUCGAUUAAUGAAGUUGGAGCCAGAUGUGUUUCUUUUUUUCCGAUCACCUAAAUUACAAGGUGACUGAAAAUUUGUAGGGAUGAGAAUUCUACCGCUAAUAACAUUAAUUAUGGUGCUUGGAGCUUGAUACGAGGGUCUGUUUUGUGGCAUGAAUUUAUAAAGCAGAAUCUUUGUUUAGAUUAGACACUCCUAAGCAACAAGAUUCGCAUUGAUUGAGUUGAUAUGGUUCAUAGUUUUGAAGCCUAUUUUGGUUCUUAUGAUGCGCAGCACUGGCAGAGAACUUUUGUUCUCCAGUAUUUAAGCUCGUCAAGUGAUGAGGUGACCUAUUUUGCAUCUGGCAAUAUUUGAGAGACGAGUGUUGCAAGGAACUUUAGAUUUUCAGCUAUAGUUUACCAUCCUUGUCAAUUUUGCGAAGAGAAAGCUGAAGCCUAUAUAGAGUGUUGGUAAGGCGCGACCUAUGGGGUAAUAUAUCAAUUGUCCCAGGAACCCAUGUUGUUAGGGAGGAGAAUGCCUCUUCAAGUUAUUUAUUUGGCCCUAUGCCCAUCAGAGUUGAGCUUCUUGUUUCUAGCAGACAAGUCUGGUAUUUGUCAUCAUACGUUCCAAAUACUUUGUUAAUUAUCAUGAGAGGAAAGAAUUGACUGGGUUGUGUACAAUUAUGAAAUCCUUUCUCUUUUGGAAAAGUCAAGUUUGUUCGUGAGAGCAUCCAAGAAAGGUUUUGAAAUGCGAGGAGUUUUUAGUUUGAAGAAAGAUGUUAAAAUAGGUGUUUAAGGUGGAUUAACCACCAUUUUCUUCGUGUUUAUCUUGACGUGUAAAGUUUUGGCAGAAAGAUGUUAAAAUAGGUGUUUAAGGUGGAUUUAACAAUUAUAUCUAGAAUAAUGUGAUAACAGGAGAAUUUGUAUGAAUGAAUAUCUUCAGCACACACCAGAGUCAGGGGUAUGUCUGGGAUUGUUUUUCCCCUGGAUUUCUCAAGGUUUUGUGCUUUCUACUCCUGUAAGAUUGGAAUGCCGAGCGGGUCCAGCCCAGGUGCUGCAGAAAACAAGCUGUGCGCAAUGGACCUAGUCCUAUCAACAAAGGCAACUCAUGAGUAAUGGUAUGUUCAUGAGAUGGACUGGCACUGGUAGAAAUAAAAUAGCAUCAUAAUUGUGGACUGAGGGAGCUUCCGUACACAACUUGCAGUCUAGUUGCGGUCAAGAAGAGACUUGAUAAAAGAAAAAAACGUGAUAUUUGAAUAACUGAUAUGAAGAUGUCGUGAAAAUCAAAGUUGGUUGAUAUUUUUCCACACCAUAGUCGUACUUGGUAACAGAGGUGGGAGAAAAUUAGCAGAUAAGCUUUCUUGACAGUUCCUUCAGCAUAUUUUCUACACCAUCGAAUGAGUAGCAGCAGUUAAGUUUGAAGGUGGGUGUUUCCUUUGACGGGCAGUGACUAAACUAAAAUCAUCAAAAUUGUGUGGGAAGAUCCCAAUUAACUUGGUUUAAUACUGUUGUUAGGUCUGCUGUCCCAACAGUGAGAUACCACAGUUUUCAACGUUUCGUCAUCAUAAGCCUGUCCUCAAGCUCGAACUGGCCGCCUCCCUGUAUCUUAAUUUCUUCCAUUAAACCUUUGAAAUAUAGCAUCCUAACAAAAUAACAAUCCGUUCUUAUCAACUUCUUUACAAUUUAAUUAGCUAAUUCUCUAGUCUUCUCCUCUUAUAUAUAUGCAUAGAGAGAGACACACACACACACCUGCUUGUAGAACCUGCCUUGCCUACGAAGAUUGCACUCUCUAAAUUAAUAUGAGUUCUCAAGCACUGACACGAACCAGGGCUCACCAACCAUGUGCUGCUUGUAGAAUGCUACGAAGGAGAUGCGACAGCAAUUGCAUGCUCGCCCCAUAUUUUCCAGGUGAUGAAGCUGAGAAAUUUUUUGGGGUUCAUAAGGUGUUUGGUGCCAGCAAUGUUAUCAGAAUGAUUCAGAUGGUGGAGGAAUCAAAAAAAGAAGAUGCUGUUAAAGCAAUCAUCUAUGAAGCAACAUCAAGGCUCAGAGAUCCUGUAUAUGGAACUGCUGGAACAAUAUUCCACCUGCAAAGGAUGGUUGAAGAACUCAAGAUGCAGGUCGAGUCCAUGAGAGCUCAAGUUGUUCAGCUGCAAGAACAAAGAAACCAGUUGUUGGGCAUUCUGAUGAACGUCCGUCACUUUGAUUCCACCUCCUCGGUUCAUGACAGCAAGUUUGAUGGUGGCAAUUUCAUGUUGGAUGAAGAUUCAAUGGCUUAUGAUCCCAUGACAUUUUUCACAGAAAAUGACUGGACUUUCUGAUGGCAAAUAAAGAGUCCCAGUAAUGUAGUAUUAAACAUUUUCUUUCAUUCAGCUAGAUCUCAGGAAAAAUCUUUUAGCACUGUAUUAGGAGUAUUAAAUUAAGAAAAUGGGUUU